AGGCCCGUCCUGGUCCCUUCGUCUCCAAGCUGACCCAGAGGAGGGCAGUGUCGCCUGGACGGCGCUGCGGAGACCUCCGCCCAGGACAGCUCCCCCUCCCCGGGCCGCUCCCCUCUCGCCCGCGAGUCCCCUCGCCUCUUGGGCCUCUCGGAUCUGACACCGUGGGCUGAGGUGAGAGCAGGCCCGGGGAGGCGAUUCCAGCAAAGGAGCCGCGUUCGCCAUCAAGAUGAUAGAGGUACUCACAACAACUGACUCUCAGAAACUGCUACACCAGCUGAACACACUGUUGGAACAGGAGCCGAAAUGUCAGCCAAAGGUCCCCGGCUUGAGACUCAUUGAAUCUGCGCAUGAUAAAAGCCUCAGGAUGACUGCAAGACUAAGGGACUUUGAAGUGAAAGAUCUUCUUAGUCUAACUCAGUUCUUUGGCUUUGAUACAGAGACAUUUUCUCUAGCUGUGAAUUUAUUGGACAGAUUCCUGUCCAAAAUGAAGGUACAGCCCAAGCACCUUGGGUGUGUUGGACUAAGCUGCUUCUACCUGGCUGUAAAAUCAAUAGAAGAGGAAAGGAAUGUCCCACUGGCAAGUGACUUGAUCCGAAUCAGUCAGUAUAGGUUCACGGUUUCAGACCUGAUGAGAAUGGAAAAGAUUGUGUUGGAGAAGGUGUGUUGGAAAGUCAAAGCUACUACUGCCUUUCAAUUUCUGCAGCUCUACUAUUCACUCAUUCAAGAGAACUUACCAUUUGAAAGGAGGAAUAGCCUUAAUUUUGAAAGAUUAGAAGCUCAACUUAAGGCAUGCCACUGCAGGAUCCUAUUUUCUAAAGCAAAGCCUUCUGUGUUGGCAUUGUCUAUCAUUGCACUGGAGAUCCAAGAACAGAAGUGUGUCGAGUUAACAGAAGGCCUAGAAUGUCUCCAGAAACAUUCCAAGAUAAAUGGCAGAGAUUUGACCUUCUGGCAAGAGCUCGUAUCCAAGUGUUUAACUGAAUAUUCAUCAAACCAGUGCUGCAAACCAAAUGUUCAGAAGUUGAAGUGGAUUGUUUCUGGACGAACUGCACGGCAACUGAAGCAUAGUUACUACAGAAUAGCCCACCUUCCGACCAUUCCUGAAACGGUUCCUUAACUGGAUUAUUACAGCAACAAAAACCCUUCUCUGAAGCCAUUCACCGCAAUCUUAGAGGCUGGAUUCCAUAAUGUUGUAGUGAAUUUAAGCUGUGAAUUGUCAAAACAUCACAACUGGAUUAGCAUUGAUGUUCUCAGAUUUGGGAAAACUGCCUAAUUAAUUAUGCUGUAGUGGAUGAAAUUAUGCUUAAAUUUGAAUUCACCUCAGGCAUACAAAGCCAAGAACAUAAUGUGAAAUGUUAAUGACAAGUCUGGGAAGGUAAACUGUGAAUCUCCAUUUUUAAUAUUGAUCCAACUUUCUAUAUUGCGUCGGUAUAUUUAGGUGGUAUUAAAAAUGGAAACCUACUUAAAUGUAAAAUUAUGAGGUUUACAUCAAAACCAAUAUUUCACAAUUGCACUUUUAAGACAUGAGAGUCACUAUUUUAGGUGGUGAAUAUGGUUUCUUAGCACCCAUCAUGCAAGUAAUCUGUUUUCCUUUAUUGUAACAUGGGAAUUACAUUUUAUAUAAAGCAGAACUACAUACCUAGUAAUUUUGGCAUAUUAAUUUAUCUAAUUUUUUUUUUUUUUUUUGUAGAAAACAAGUGAUGUUUGUGUCCAGGAAAAAUGUUUUUAUACAAAAUCUGCUUUGGUAUAGUCCCAUCAAGAAAAAUAGUUUUAUUGUAAUAGUGACUCAAAAUAAAUUAACAUCACUCUGAAAACUUGCUAAGUUAACACUCCUGGAGUUUUACUAAAGACUCUUUCUAUACAACUGCCAUUGCUUCUUUGAAUAUUUAUAAUGAAGGGAAUAUACUUUCACUAAUUUCCCCUGCUGCGAAAACAGGUCUUAGGUAAAUAUGCAGCUUCAUAACCAUGAGGUUGCUGAGGCAGCCUGCAGGAUUUCCUGUUAAGUCAGUGAAUAUGAGAUCUACAGUGUUAAAAGUGUUAUAAAGGACUGGGUGUGAUGUGUAGCCCGAGUCCAUCCAAGACGACGGUACCCAAUUCUGACAUCAUGUUAUGGAUAAAUACACUGAAAAUGAACCAAAGAACCACAGUGUAUCUUAUACUUUUGUAAACAGUGUUUUGUAGGUAACUUUUCAGUUUUCCCAAAAGGCUGAUACAUUUCAAUAUUUUUAUUACAUCUGUGUUGAUUCUGAGUUGGCAGAGGUGACCUAACCAACUACUAUUGUUUUAGUACUAAAGAAUAUACACUUCAAUAAAGUUAAUUGAAAUGCA